AAAAUCGCGGCGGAAAACCACCCCUGAUCAGUUGUGUGUGUUGGUAUGCUCCGCCAUGCCGCCGCUCUCCCACGAGAGCGCGAAAGCACAGAAGUCGCUGUGUGACACAAAGAGGAGUGUCAGGCAGCAUAAAUUUCAGCAUACAAAAUUCCACACACCGUCGCAGAUACUUUUCGGCAAGUUCUCCGGAGAAAACUCGAGUGUAAAUAAUUUGAAAACCUGAAAAGUUCCUCAUAGUGUUUAGCCAAUGGAUUUGUGUAAAUAAAUUCGUUUAGCGGUAAAUACUGCAAGUGCGCAAAAAUCGGGCCCAAACGGGUAUCUCUUUUAUUUGCGGGUGUUUAUUCGGGCCAAAUGUGCCCAAGUGGCCAAUGAGAUAAAUCAAACAAGUUUCAAGCAAAGAAAGGAAGAUGGAACGGCUGCGGCUGGGCGGGAGUGGAAAUUUAUAUGAAAUCGUGAAAUCAUAAAUAAAACAUAAAUUAUGUUUAGCUGGCAGUUGGCGGCAACAAAAAUAAAACCAUCAAAAGCAACACACACACCAACCAAAAAACAAAAAAAAAAAAAAAAAACCAUGCGAGCCAAGCGGAUAUAUUUUGAUUUUUUUUUAUAAAUAGAAAAAUCAAUUUCGCACGCAGAGAGCCGAAGCUCUCCCCCACACACACAUGCGCAUGUGUGUGUGUCUAUUAUAAGUCCAGUGAGAGGAGCAGAGCGGAGCCAGCGAGUGGCCGCUGCCACUUUCUCAGAUCUCAGAAUAAUUGAAUAUAAUUCAAGUGUUUUUGUUGCACUAUUUGUUGUGCUUAUUAUUGUUAUUAUUUGUUUAAAUUACCAACAACAAAGCGCGCGCGCCAUUUCCUUACCUUACAAAAUAAUAAAAAAAAAAAACCGCCCACAGUGACCACCACAAAAAGGGGAAACAACAGCAACAACAAGAGAAGAGAGAGACAAUUAAAUUAGUGAAAAUUGAAUAAAACAGAAGAAUAGACCGACUAGAACGAAAGAGAGGAACGAGAACGUGUCGAGCAACAAAUUAAUAAUACAAAAAAAAACCAAAAAAAAAAAUAGAAAUACAAAUUGAAAACAACAACAAAGGCGGAGGCAGAAGCAGCAGCAGCACCGACUGCGGAUUUUAGGGGCAACGACGGCGGCGGCACAUUGAAAAGAUGGGCUGUGGACAAAGCAAGAUACAUUUGUAUCCCAGGAAAUCGAAGAGUAAAGCCAACGGCAAGAAAGGAGGACAUGCCGACUCAGACGCCGAAACGGACGAGGACGAAGGCCACAUCGAGGACGCCGAGAAGGCACAGCAACGCGACCGUGAGAAGCACGACGAGAGCGAUGAUUCAAGCAAUAAGGAUGUGACGGAUAGUGACGACGACGUGGCCGUCUCCCUGCUGCGGGCCAAGAACCUAUCCCUGCUCCAAAGCCAGGAAAUAUCAUCUAGCCAACAGAACUUCUUCCGCAUGCUGGACAAGAAGAUUGAUGAGGGCCCCGACUACGACUCGGCCAGCGAGACGGAGAUCGCCCUGGAGGAGGCCCGACUGAACGCUCUGCGCCAGCACUGGGAAUCCGCCAGCCUGACGGCCUCCAUCUGCUCCUCGGCCAGCCGGUCGCUGCAGACCACGCCCAUCCGACAAGUGCAGGUGCCUCUGAAGCAGCCGCCCCGUGGCGCUGGCCUGCUGCUCCAACCCUCCAGUGCCGCCGCCGUCUCAACCGCGAUGGUCAGUAUCCCCGCGACGGAGUAUCUACCUCAGCAUGUGAUGGCGGGUCGUCAGCAACAGCAGGUGCAACAAGUGCAGCAGGUGCCGCAGCAACAGGCGGCGGUGCUCUACCAGCAGCAACAGCAGCAGCUAAUCCUGCUGCCCCAGCUGGACGGGAGUGUCGUCAAUACGUCCACGGCGGCCGCAGCCCAGCUCGCCCAGCUCCAGCAGCAGCAACUCAGCCAGCAACAGCAACUCUAUCAGCAGCAACAGCAGUAUCUGUUGACCCUACCCGCCGGUACCAAGCCGCAGAGCGUCAGCCCCAAACGCCUGCUGUACGGCAGUACCGUGGCCGGCGCCGUGCCGCCCGGCACAUCCGCCUGUCCCCAGCCGGCGGCACCUCCUUCCGUUCAGUAUAUCGCCGCUGGAUCGCAAAUGAUGCAGCCGGGGGCCAGCGGUGGCUUCCUCAAUGGCGCCGGCGCCAUUUCCGGAAUCGCAGCAGGACGAGGGCCCCUGCAGCUGGCUUACUACGGCGCUGCACCCCCGAGCACUGCCCCCCCGCUGGCGACGUCCGCUCCGAUUGCCCCCGAAACAUAUGAACCGCCAACCGCUCCACACAGCCAAAAUCAGCAGCAGCAGCAGCAACAGCCGCCAACACAGCCGCCGCCGGGCGCCUACUACGGCGAGAUGAUGCACGGUGUCCAGCCUGCCUCGGCUGUGGAAUACAAGUUCCCGCCGGCCAUCAGUGUGCAACGGUUGGCGCCGCAGGUGCAGCGGCAGCUGCGAGAGACGCAGGAACUCAUAAAAGACUCGUGCCCGCAACUGUAUGCGGCGGGCUAUGGCAGCCCAGGACCACCGAUACGCAACCCCAACAGGAACCCCACUAGAACUAGACCCACCCUGGAGACGCAGUUCUCGCAGGAACUCUCGUGAUAUCUAUAUAUGUAAACAACAGCCCAGCCAGCAGACACAUUCAAGCACACACUCACCCCAUAGCCAGUUGGAGAAACUGCAGCCAAAGAACCCAAGCAGGAACUUAACCAAAAUUAGAAGAAAAAAAAGAUGAAAUCCUUAAAGCAACUAAAAAAAAAAAAGCAACAAAAAAGCAACAAAAAAAAAUUCAAAUCGAAGAAAAUCAAUUAUAAAAAUUGUAAAACUGCACUCAAUGUUUCAGAACCCACAAGAACCCCGCGGGCGAAUUAGGCCCCAAAAAAUAUGCGUACUACUUACAAAGGCCAGAAGAAGGAGAUGGAGAACAACAACUACUAACUAAACCUAUGCGGAGCAACAAAAAAAUGGUUAAAAUAAAUGAAAUUAUUACAACUAAAAUAAUUACUCAAGAGGCAGCCAAAGAAAAAAGGAGGAUGACUCCUGGACAGGAGUGCAGAAGUGCAGAAGAGUAGGAUAGGAAGGUAGAAAGCAUGUUGGAUCCGGAUCCGAAAGCGCAAGGUACAUAGUUUUAGGAAUCGAGUAUAACGUUAUAAAGCGAUAUAUAUGCAAAUGCCACAAAUAGGAAGGAUGCAGGAGCAGGAUCAGUAGCAGAUGGAGGUGCAGAGACAACCCGAACAAAGCAAACACAAAUCAUACAAAGUAAAUAAUAAUUAAAAGUGUAACAAAUACAAAUGACUUCUACAUUCUCACGCAAUUUUGUUAGUCAUAAAUCUCGUGGUGUAAUUUUUUAACAAAUAUUUUCCGUCAAAUUCUCGAAAAAUACAGUUGGUGUAAUAACGUUUGAAGGACGAUAUGAGAUGAGAGUUCGUUGGAGAUGCAAUUAAACGGAUGACGCUGUCUAGUAAUAUUUGUAUAAUUUAGUUCUAUUUAUUAUUAUGAUAAUUUUGGAUGUAUAAUAGUUUUUCUUAUAUGGAUAUAUAUAUAUAUAUAUUUAAAAUGAAAAUAAAAGCAAAUCAAUUAAGUUUAGAAAUGUGUUUCAAAAUUUAAUCUGUGAGGUGGGGUAAUCUGGGAGGAAAAAAGAAAAGAAAAAAGAAAAGACCAUUUAACGUCUAAUUAAUUCUUUUAUUUAUAUCUUGUGAUCAAUUCAUACUCAUGGGUUGACAUAAAAUGGAAUUGCAUUUUAAAUUUCUGAAAGUAUUAAGUUCCUUUGUAGUAGUUUGUAGCAUGUUUGAUUUUGUUAUUGUUUGAAAAUAUCCAGCUAAGCAAUUCAUUAGACUAGUCACAUAAUAUGGUUUAAGAUGACAUAAUAAUACGCAUUUGAUUCUAAGAAAUUGACAUUGUUUCUUAUGUGUACUGUACGUGUGUGUCCAAUGGUGUGAAAGUUAUUAUAUCAUAGCUUUCCUUAUAGUUAUCCGAUUUGUAUCUAAUCUCGUUUGGCUUUGGGGUGGUAGUUUUUUGUUUGUUGUUUGUUU